AUGUUAACAAGAGAGGAGUUUCAAAUUAUGCAGAAGCAAUUAGUUCAGAUGACUGAUGAAAAGAAUAGUAUGAAGACUGAAAUUGCAACACUCAAAAUGAACAUUCAACAAAUCCCUCAAUUAAAACAAGAGCUAGCUGAACGAAUACGGCUUAAGCAGUCAGAUGAAAUGACUCUUUUAAAUGAAAUGUCGGAAGUUCAGCAAAAAAUUGGCCAGGUUAGAAAAGAAAUACAAAAUUUAAAUGAUCCGAACGUUCAAAGUACAUUCGAUGAAAAAAGAUUGGUUAAAAAAGAGGAAAAGCUUCAAGAAUUGCAGCAGGAAGAUAAAAUAUAUUCACAAUCAAUUGAAAAUUACAAUAAAAAACUAGAACAAUACCAAGCUAAGCUCACGGCAUUAUCGAAUUUAAUAGAUACUGAAGUUCAGACAAUCAAUUUCCGUAUACGAAACUACAAAAAAAUUAAGUCUUUCGCCACAAUUUAUAUGACUGUCGGUGAUUUUGAGUCACAAGCAAUGACAUUGAGCGAAAGACUAAAUAAAUUACAAAAGAAAAAGCAAAAACGUAAUCAAACCAUUAAAAAUUUGUUAGUUAAUGAAAGAAAUUUAAAAGAACAAAUUCAGAUAUACGAAGAUACAUUAAAAGAUGUAGAAAAUGCAGUUAAUGAAUCAGUCCGUCAACUGAACUCAUCAGAGAAGGUUCUUGAGCUUGUAAAAUUUGAAUAUCAAGGAGUUAAAAAUUCUCUCGAAACAGUAUUAGCGGAGUCAAGUAAAAUACACUCUGACGAAUAUACUAAGGUUAUGACCGAAAUUAAAGAAGAUAAACAAAAAAUUUCGGAAAAUCAAAAUAUUAUUAAAAAUAAGCAACAAGAUAUGGAUCAAGCUCAAAUAGAGCAUAAUAUCUUGGAAAACAAAAAGGUUGCCAUGAUCAGUCAGCUUCAAAAAGUACUGACAGAAAAAGUUUCCCAAAUUUCAACAAAAAUAAACACUUCAUCCGAAGUACAAGACAUUGUUGCUCUUCAAGAGAAAAUCUGGAUUGAUAUAGAAGUUGCCAGACAAGAGUAUCUCUCUGUUGCAAAAAGACACGAAGCAAUCACAAAAGAUGUCGCAAGAAAAGCAAGAAUAUUAAAUGAAAUGAGUGUUUUCGUUAAAGGACUUCCAUCAGUGAAUACAGGUAAUCCAUUGGAUGAAUUAACAAAUAUAUUUAAUGUUGCAACACAAGAGAACAAGAGAUUGGCUAAGGAAAUAGGAAAACUCACUGAUCAGACAACUAAACUUGAAAAAGAAAUUGCUUGGCUUAAGUCACAAUUAUAA